UUCUCUCCUGUCGAGGUCAUCUUUCACAUUCAGGGACGAGCUCAGAGGUCAUGGCUUCCAACAGCCUCCUUCUGUCAGAGGUGCAGUUCCAGUGCUACAUCUGUCAGGAUAUUUUCUCCGAGCCGGUCUCCAUCCCCUGCGGACACAGCUUCUGCUUCACUUGCAUCACAACCCACUGGGAGGACAGCUUCACCAUCAGUUGCCCCAAAUGUCAUAGGGUGUAUAAGGUUCGCCCCGAGCUGUGCGAAAACUCCUUCGCCAAAGAAAUCUCCGAGCAGAUCCGAGCCAGACGGCAGAACGGCGUGACGGGCAGGCCCGUCCGUUGUGACGUGUGCGUGGGGCAGCACAGUAGGGCUUUGAAGUCCUGCCUCGUGUGUCUGACCUCCUUCUGCGGGACCCACCUGGAGCCACACCUGAGAGUCGCCACCUUGAAGAUUCACAAGCUGAUCGAGCCCGUGGCCAUGCUGGAGAACAGGAUGUGCAAGCAACACCAGAGGCUCCUGGAGCUGUUCUGCAGAGCCGACCAGAGGUGUGUCUGUGUGCUGUGCACCGAAACCGACCACUGGGCCCACGACACCGUCCCGGUGGAACGAGAGAGCCACGAGAAGAAGGCUCAGAUGAAAAGGAUCGAGGCUGAAGUUCAGCAGAUGAUCCACGAUAGAGAGAUGAAGGUGGAGGAGAUCAAACUCAAUGUGGAGCUUAGCAAAGAGAACUCGGCGCAGGACAUAGAAAAAAGCGCAGAGGUGUUCUCAGCUCUGCUCCGCAGCAUAGAGAGGGUCCGAGCUGAGCUGGUGGGGAUGAUCCGGAGGAAGCAGGCGGCAGCGGAGCAGAGAGCGGAGCGGCUCAUCGAAGAGCUGGAGCUGGAAAUCGCCGAGCUGCAGAGGAGGAGAUGUGAGCUGCAGCAGCUUGGUCACACAGAGGACCACCUGCAUGUUGUACAGAGGUUUCCAGCUGUGAGCUCUCCUCCGUCUGUUAAAGCCUGCUCAGACGUCUUCGUCCAUUCAGACACGUGUUUGGGGGCUUUAAGGAGAGCGGUGGCCGACAUUCGAGAGCUGCUUCAAUCAGAGACGAAAAAUUUGUCCAUUCGAGAGCAUGAAAAGAUCCAGCAGUAUGCAGAUGAUGUUCGUCUGGACCCCAGGACAGCCAACCCCUGGCUCUUCCUGUCAGAAGACGGGAGGCAGGUACGGGACGGAGACGUUGAACAAAGAGUGGAGGAUGUCCCGGAGCGUUUUGACAAAGCUCCGUGUGUCCUCGCUCUCACUGGUUUCACCACCGGCAGACACUACUGGGAGGUGCACGUUGGAGACAAGACGGCGUGGGACGUGGGUGUGGCUCGGGAGUCCGUCAGCAGGAAAGGUUUGGUCACGCUGAGCCCAGAGGACGGUUACUGGGCCGUCUGUUUGAGGAAGGGCGUGGAGUACCGGGCGUGCGCGGGCCAGGCCGAGCUGCUGUGUCUGCCGCAGAGGCCGCAGGUGGUCGGAGUGUUCCUGGACUACGAGGACGGGACCGUGUCCUUUUACGACGCAGAGGCCAAGUCCCACAUCUACUCGUUUACAGAGUUCAGCUUCACGGACGCCGUGUUUCCCUUUUUCAAUCCGGACAUGAACGAAAAUGGUAACAAAUCACCGCUGACUGUCCGCCCGUUCAACGACGUCUACAGAGGCAGGGAUUUAGAUGACAUCACUAUAUGAUGCUAAAAAACAAAACGACAAAAUGUUUCAACAACAAAAAAAGGUGUUUGGUAUUAUUGAUGCAUCAGGACACUACGUGGCACAUUAUCCUAUGACCGUUUAUUUAUUUAUCACUAGUAUUAUAAUCUCAAAGUCUUACAUGUUAAUGGCUUGUUUUAUUCUGAAAACAAUUAUUCUAUAAUGCAAUAAAUUAUUUUUGUUGCAUUAAGUUUUUGUGGCUGAGCUUCACAGUCAUUUUAUGUUUUGUAGAAAAACAAAAGUCUCUUAUUUGUCUCUUUGUGGUGAGAUCUAUGGAGGACCGAAACUGACAUAAUUAGAAAUAAAAGCAGAAAUAUACAUAAGGAACAAUAAAUAAAUGCACCAGUUACAUUUUUCCAGCCUAGUUCCUACAAAUUAUAUAUUUAAGCAAAUAUUUAAA